CCACAAAUCGCUCCCGGCCCCCUCCUUCCUCCUCUCCCCCACCCGUACGGUCAAACAAGAGACCCCCCGCCCCCCUCUCUCCUCCACCUCCAUCUCCAGCGCUCGCCGCGAGAAGCCGAGAAGGAAGAGCCUGAGAAGGUAGCAUGGCGGACCAACUCACCGACGACCAGAUCGCCGAGUUCAAGGAAGCCUUCAGCCUAUUCGACAAGGACGGCGACGGUUGCAUCACAACCAAGGAGCUGGGAACAGUUAUGCGCUCGCUGGGGCAGAACCCAACCGAGGCAGAGCUCCAGGACAUGAUCAACGAGGUCGAUGCCGAUGGCAACGGCACCAUCGACUUCCCGGAGUUCCUCAACCUGAUGGCUCGCAAGAUGAAGGACACCGACUCGGAGGAAGAGCUCAAGGAGGCCUUCCGGGUGUUCGACAAGGACCAGAACGGUUUCAUCUCGGCCGCGGAGCUCCGCCACGUCAUGACCAACCUCGGCGAGAAGCUAACGGAUGACGAGGUCGACGAGAUGAUCCGCGAGGCUGACGUCGACGGGGACGGCCAGAUCAACUACGAGGAGUUCGUCAAGGUGAUGAUGGCCAAGUGAUCCAGCCGAUGUUCAUGUCCGGUGGUAUUAUUAUUUUUACCGGGGAGGAGGAAAUUGUGCUAUGCAUAUUAGUAGUAAGGAAUGCGGCUCUCGUUUCCUUGUCUUUGCCCCCGAACCAGAAGAAGCGUACUAGUAGACGUAGUUGCUCAAGAGCAUUCAUGGAAUCCUCCUCCCCUGCUGCUACCCUGUCUCUCUCCCGUGUGUCAUUGAAACAUCUUUCUUUCUGUGUGAAUCUGCAAGACUUGGCCCCUUCGCGAUGAACCCUGAUUGCAGUUGAAUCCGUUUGAUCCAAGUUC